UCAUAUAUAAAGGCGAUGAGCAACUGCGGCGGCGGCGGUGCGCAUUCCGGUCACAUUUUAUGCCAUCACACAACUAAAUCAAUCCCAUUAGCAGAAAAAAACGAACAGACCAAUGGGCGACCUGUACUCUCGACCAAUUGCUGUCCAAUAGCAUCGACGAGGCCAAUGGAUCGUCCCUCCCUUGGCAAAUGAUGGAAUAUAUGGUCUUGGGAGGAGAAUAAAUGCAAAGAAGAUAGAAUGCAUGUGCGGCGAGGAGAGCCGGGCGAGCAAUGGCUCUUGCGCAGCUAAACUCAUACCAUGGAAACUAUUACGGACGCGUCUCCAUGAAUUUCCAUUGACAGAUUUGAUAUUGGGUAGUCAGUUCCUUCCCUCGCUCGCCACUGUCAACAACGAGAACGGCCAAACCGCCACACGAGUUGGAGUUCUCCAGUGUAGACGCUGUGCAACAAGUUUCAUUCAGGUGAGAGAGGCUUUGUCCCAUUACCGUCUGCAUGUGUUUGAGACUCACAAGGAACACUUCACUGUUGUGGUUGGAGGUUCCUGUCCACGUCCAGGCUGUGCACUAGGCGGGGAAAAAAUACCGAUUAUCCACUUCCACUGUGCUUAUUGCAUCUUUACGUCCACCGAGAUAAUGGAUCUUCCUUUGCACAUGGAGAAGCGCCAUCUCGCAUUUUAUAGGGAGGUCAGCUUGGUCCUGCGAGGAGAUGAUGUCCAGCGCACGAAGGUUUAUUCUUGUGGGGAAUGUGGUAAAAAAAUCCAAGGAACUGUGUCCAUCGUCCAGCAUCUUUUAGCGCAUGACAGUGACACGCAGAAAGCCUCUGUAGUGAAGUACAAGUCUCUUGUGAAUGGUAGUGAGUGCAAAGACAGUGAACAGGUAGUGGUAAAUGGUGAUAGCAAAAGUGAUAGCUACAUGGCGGACAGAGUGCACCCAAGCCUGCUGAUUCCGGAGUGCGGUCUCCAAAACGGGACGGCAGAGGAAAAGCACAGUGUAGAGGAAAACUCUUGUCCAAACGGGUUGAGCCCCGCCAUGACUGAUAUAAGAAAUGUGCAAUUUAUAGCUGCUUCUACUAGUCAUAGGUUUGAAAAUCAUGUGAUUCCAAUGUUGAACAAUGUAGAACAAGGGAUGGUAAUCCAGAAUGGGAACCUCGAAGGGGACAGCCCCGAUAGUGAGAGAGCUGGAGAUAGGAUGGACUGUGAAGAGCCCCCCAUGGAGCCAGUGGAAAUCAACCCACUGGAUCCUGACAACUGUGAUCGAGGAGGAUCAGAAGAUCUUCCAACUCCAACGCACUUCCUGGACAGCGAGGGUGGCAGUGGGAGCACUGGCGGUGGUCAGGAUGACUCUGCUGAUGGCUUCCAGGACUGCAAUGAUAAUGACGAUGAGAACAGCAAUGAUGGCAUGAAUGACAUCCCUAGCGAUAUCCUACUUGACCACCCCGGAGUCUACCCCUGCGACAAGUGCGGUGAGGCCUUCAAGUACCAGUACCUGCUUACUUCUCACAAACGCCAGUAUCAGUGUUCACAUUACUUCAAAAUUUCUGAUCUUGAAAGUCAUUUUGAUCAUUUGGUUACUGAUAUCCGAAUAAAGAUAUAUUUUGAUAAGUGA